UCCAGUAUGGGAUACUGCAUCCUUUUUGUCCACGGUCUAAAAAAGCUGUCUACAUGGUUAAAUAAGUGGAGAAUUACUGUUCUGACGCUCUUUGCUUUACUGUUGCUGCUCUUCUCUUGGAAGACCGUGAAACAGAAUGAAAUCUGGCUGUCACGAGAAUCCCUUUUCAGCUCAGGAGUGAAGACCCUGCCCCACAACGCCAAGGUGCACUACAACUACGCCAAUUUUCUGAAAGACCAGGGCCGUAAUGUUGAGGCGAUCUACCACUACAAAACUGCUCUCAAACUGUACCCUCGUCACGCAAGUGCUCUCAACAACUUGGGGACAUUGACCAAAGAUGUGGUGGAGGCAAAGGACUACUACAGACGGGCCCUUCAGUUAAACCCCCAGCACAAUCGAGCUCUCUUCAAUCUUGGCAACCUGCUCAAGUCACAAGGGAAGAAGGAGGAAGCUGUAAUCUUACUGCGGGACUCCAUUAAGUACGGCCCAGAGUUCGCAGAUGCUUAUUCAAGCCUGGCCUCACUGCUAGCCGAACAGGAACGGCUUAAGGAAGCGGAGGAGAUCUAUAAAGCUGGCAUAGAGAAUUGUCCAGAGAGCUCCGAUCUGCAUAACAACUACGGUGUUUUCUUGGUUGAUACUGGGGCUCCUGAGCGAGCCGUGUCCCACUACAGGCAGGCCAUCCGCCUGAGCCCCGCUCACCACGUGGCCAUGGUGAACCUGGGCAGGCUUUACCGCUCCCUGGGGCAGAACAAAGAGGCUGAAGCGUGGUACAAGCGGGCACUGAAGGUAUCCCGGAAGGCUGAAAUUCUGUCUCCGCUGGGCGCUCUGUAUUACAACACGGGGCGGUACGAAGAAGCAUUGCAAGUCUACAGAGAAGCAGCAUCACUGCAGCCUUCGAACAAAGAGAUCCGGCUGGCGCUGGCUCAGGUUUUAGCUAUGAUGGGGCGGACGAAGGAAGCCGAAAAGAUGACGAACCAUAUACUCAACGAGGAUGCAGAGUGUCUGGAGUGCUACCGCCUUUUGUCAGCCAUCUACAGCAAGCAGGAGCACUAUGCCAAGGCACUUGAAGCUAUAGAAAAAGCUCUUCAGCUAAAACCAAAGGAUCCAAAAGUCCUAUCAGAGCUCUUUUUCACUAAAGGAAACCAGCUAAGAGAACAGAAUGUCCUUGACAAGGCUUUUGAGAGCUAUAAACGGGCUGUGGAGCUCAACCCAGACCAAGCACAGGCCUGGAUGAAUAUGGGAGGCAUUGAGCACAUCAAGGGGAGCUACGUCACUGCCCGUGGCUACUAUGAGAAAGCCUUACAGCUGGUUCCAAACAGCAAGUUGCUGAAGGAGAAUCUGGCCAAACUGGACCGUUUGGAGAAACGGUUUCAGGAAGUCCAGGAGAAAGACCAAACAUAGCAUUCAGUUACCAGUGGAAAGAAACUCAUGCCCCUUGGAGAAAAGUAUGGCGGAAGCCUAUUGCUUGAAGUGAUGCUGAAGGAACUUUAAUAGGACUCAGAAUUACGGACGGCAAAUUUCAAAUGCAUGCUCAUGUUUGACCAAAGUUACAGGAGACACUCAGCUCCUGUGGGACACGGUGGAGAAUGAAUGAAAACCUUACUUUAAUCAAGAUUUAUGUUUAGGCUGAACCCAUUUUAAUCACACCAGGAGUGUGGGUGGGACAUGUACCUUCAAUAUCUUGGUUAUCACUGGGGAAACCCUGGAGUCAAAGCACCCAUCCGUUGCAGCAGGGGUGAAGUAGCACCCCUUGCUACUCAACACAGGCUCGCCUCGUCCACGUAAAGUACCACUGAUGGGCUUCGUUGCAAGUGCUGCCAGGUUCUUCUGAGCCAGGAAAGAUGGUCAUAAUGGCCACGUAAAAAGGUUUCAAGGAGUUAAUGCUGAGGAAGUGGUGGCCACUUUUACAGCUCUAAAUGUGACUUGAAAAUUAUUCUAAAGAAAGGGAAAAUGGUAUCUGAUUAUCACCGUAGAGGAUGAUUCUACCAGUAGGACAAAUGAUCCUUUGAAGGAAAACCUCACCUGAAUGUUUUACUCAUAAGAUAGUAAUUUUGUAGUAAUUCAGGUUCAUCAUGUCAGUAUUGUCAAAUACCAUAUGGCUUUACCCUUUGCCCUCUCUGUCCAGGCCAAAUAAUUAUUACUUUGAAAAAAAUAGAGGCAUCCAAAGGCAAUGGGAAGCUGUAGGAUUACUUGUCCUCCUGUCCAGUCCCCAG